AUGUGUUUUCCCUUUCUUUUUCUCCCACACCCUUUCACACUGACCCACACUUGCACCCUCACAACCUAUCACACCCCCACCCCAUCUCCAGCUACGAAGGACACUCAGAUCCUGGAGCGAGAGCGUAAGGCCAAGCUGCAGGUGGAGCGGCAGAUGGAGGAGCGGCAGAAGAAGCUGGACGAGCAGCGCAGGAAGGAGGAGCAGAGACGCUCUGCCGUGGAGGAGAAGAGGAAGCAGAAACAGGAGGAGGAGAAGGUACAGGCCCCUGGGGUCCUCCUCAACACCAGGGCGGUGCUACAGAUACAGCUGUUAUUUUUGGGAUAUAGCCUAGUCUACUCUUGGCGUAUGCAUUACAUUUACAUUUACGUCAUUUAGCAGACGCUCUUAUCCAGAGCGACUUACAAAUAGGUGCAUUCACCUUAUAGCCAGUGGGAUAACCACUUUACAAUGUUUUUGUUUUUGGGGGGGGGGUAGAAGGAUUACUUUAUCCAAUCCCAGGUAUUCCUUAAAGAGGUGGGGUUUCAAAUGUCUCCGGAAGGUGGUGAAGGGACUCCGCUGGCCUGGCGUCGUGAGGGAGCUUGUUCCACCAUUGGGGUGCCAGAGCAGCGAACAGUUUUGACUGGGCUGAGCGGGAACUAUGCUUCCGCAGAGGUAGGGGGGCCAGCAGGCCAGAGGUGGAUGAACGCAGUGCCCUCGUUUGGGUGUAGGGACUGAUCAGAGCCUGAAGGUACGGAGGUGCCGUUCCCCUCACAGCUCCGUAGGCAAGCACCAUGGUCUUGUAGCAGAUGCGAGCUUCAACUGGAAGCCAGUGGAGUGUGCGGAGGAGCGAGGUGACGUGAGAGAACUUGGGAAGGUUGAACACCAGACGGGCUGCGGCAUUCUGGAUGAGUUGUAGGGGUUUAAUGGCACAGGCAGGGAGCCCAGCCAACAGCGAGUUGCAGUAAUCCAGACGGGAGAUGACAAGUGCCUGGAUUAGGACCUGUGCCGCUUCCUGUGUAAGGCAGGGUCGUACUCUCCGAAUGCAGUGCAGGGCAUGGUACUUUUUGGUCCACCAGCUACUGUGGCAGGUAGAUGAAAAAACAUUUGAUUUCCGCUACAAUUACUGCAGCAUUUAUUUAGCUAAAGAUGUGUUCAUACUUUACUUAAUUCUUAUUUAUUUCGCGAAUGCGAGUGAAACGCUUGCACUGUGGGGCCCAGACCACCCGCCAACGUGGCUGGUCGAAAUAGACAUCUUACCUGCCAAUGUCAAAAUCAACCCGCAUUUGGCGGGUGUUUAAUUUUAGGCCCUGAGAUGCAGUGGCUUGGGAAUGAUACAAAUGUGUCUGAACCAGGUGACGCAGAUGCACUAGUAAGCAAAAAUAAUGUAUUUCAAUUGGUACUGGUGAACUGAACUUAUCAUGAGGUGGCUAUGUUCACUGCUCAGGUCUGGUAUUUUAUGAUGUAGAGUUAAUGCUAUGUCUCGGUUAGAGCAUGAGUGAAGAAUUUCAGCAAAGUCUGUGUACUUUGGUACAGUGUUAUGAAUGAAACCAUAUCCUGUUUGAGCUUCUUUUCAUGGGCGUCUGCUGCAGGAAGCUCAUUCCCUCAGAGUUCUUAUUCCAGACAGUUUGGCAUUAGUGGCCUGCUGCUUUUCACCACUCCAACUCUACGGCCCCAGAACAAUUUAGUGUUGGUCGUGACAUCUGAAAGAUUUAAUAAUUUAAAAGAUAUUAUAGGGAUAUGCGUCUUUGUUUCGAAGCAGAGCAGACAAUUUGGCUUUAUCUCUCUCAAAUAUGACAUUAUCUGACAUAUCUUGUUUGUCUGUCUAAAUGAUCUCCCUCACUCACCCCCUCUCUCAUCACUAUGGUCUUAUUGUAGUGAACUGUUAUUGUCAGCUAGUUAGACAGAAAAUGGCAUUUCACCUUGAGUUACCGACUCAAAUCAUUCUGGGACAUAUGUUCAUGUUGUCAUCUUUCUCCCAUUAUCCAUUUGACCUUGUUUAUUUUGGUUUGGGAGACCUAGAUUAUUUCUGAUAUGUGAAUGACUUUGCAUUCUGCCACUGGCCAUCUCUCUCUCUCACUUCCUCCCCCUCUCUCUCUCCAUCUCAAUCCAUCCCCCCCUCUCCUCUCUGUAUUCCCCCUCUCUCUCAUCUCUCUCUCCCCCCCCCCCCCUUAUCUCUCUCUACCACCCCUAACCCUCUCCCCUCUCUCAUCUCUCUAUCCCCAUCUCGCUCUCUCAUCUCUCUCAAUCCCCACUCUCUCCUCUCUCUCUCGUUCUAUCCCCUCUCUCUCUCUCGCUCUAUCUCCCCUCUCUCUCUCUCUCCCCUCUCUCUCUCUCAAUCCCCCCUCUCAUCGCUCUCUAUCCUCCCUCGCAUCUCUCUAUCCUCUCAACACUCUAUCCCUCAUCUCUCUAUGCCCCCUCUCUCUUUUCUCCCUCUCUCUCUCCUCUCCUCAAUCCCCUCUCUCCUCUUCAUCUCUCUAUCCCUCUCUCUCAUCCUCUGUCCCUCUCUCUCUAUCCUCUGUCCCCUCUUCUCUCAUCUCUCUUGUCCCCUCUCUCUAUCUCUCUUCCCUCUCUCUCAUCUCUCUCUCCCUCUCUCUCUUCAUCUCUCUUCCCCUCUCUCUCUCAUCUCUCUGUCCCCUCUCUCUCUCAUCUCUCUGUCCCCUCUCUCUCCAUCUCUCUGUCCCCUCUCUCUCUCAUCUCUCUGUCCCCUCUCUCUCUCAUCUCUCUGUCCCCUCUCUCUCCAUCUCUCUGUCCCCUCUCUCUCUCUCUCUCUGUCCCCUCUCUCCUCCUCAUCUCUCUUCCCCUCUCUCUCUCUCUCUCUGUCACCACUCUCUCUCUCAUCUCUCUGUCCCCCUCUCUCUCUCAUCUCUCUGUCCCCUCUCUCUCUCAUCUCUCUGUCCCCUCUCUCUCUCAUCUCUCUGUCUCCCCUCUCUCUCAUCUCUCUCUCCUCUCUCAUCUCUCAAUCCUCUCUCAUCUCUCUAUCCUCUCUGUCAUCUCUCUAUCCUCUCUCUCUCAUCUCUCGCUCCCCUCUCUCUCUCAUCUCUGUCCCCUGUCUCUCUAUCCCCCCUCAUCUCUCUAAUCUCUCUUUGUCCCCCUUCAUCUCUCUCUAUCCUCUCGCUCAUCUCUCUGUCCCCCCCUUCUCUCUCAUCUCUAUCCUCUCAUCUCUCUCUCCCUCUCUCUCGCUCUCUCAAUCCCUCCUCUCUCUGUCAUCUCUCUUAUCCCCCUCAUCUCUCUCAUCUCCUCUCUCUAUCCCCCUCUCAUCUGUCUAAUCUCUUUGUCCCCUCUCUCUAUCAUCUCUCUGUCCUCUCUCUCAUCUCUCUCUAUCCCCUCUCUCUCUCAUCUCUCUCCCCCCUCUCAUCUCUCUCUAUAUUCUCUCUCUCAUCUCUCUAUCCUCUCUCCUCUCUAUCCCCUCUCUCAUCUCUGUAUCCCCUCUCUCAUCUCUCUAUCCUCUCUCUCAUCUCUCUAUCCUCUCUCUCAUCUCUCUCUAUCUCAUCUUUCUAUCCCCUCAUCUCUAUCCUCCCUCAUCUUGCUCUCUCAUCUCUCUCUAUCCCCCCUCUCAUCUCUCUCUAUCCCCCCCUCGCUGUCUGUCUAUCCCCUCUCUGUCUCUGUAUUUCCCCUCUCUCAUAUCUCUCUCUAUCCCCUCUCUCAUAUCUCUCUCUCUAUCCCCUCUCUCUCUCCCUCUCUCUAUCCCCCCUCUCUCUCUCUCCCCUCUCUCUCUAUCCCAUCUCUCUCUCUAUCCCCUCUCUCUCUAUCCCCUCGCUCUCUCUAUCCCCUCUCUCUCUAUCCCCCUCUCCGCUCUCUCGCGCUCUAUCCUCUCUCUCAUCUCUCUAUCCCCCUCGCUCUCUCUAUCCCCCCCUCUCUAUCUCCCCCCUCCCCCCACUCCACCUCUCUCUCUGUGUGUGUGUGUGUGCUGCAGGAGCACUAUGAGGCGGUGAUGCGGCGGACCCAGGAGCGCAGCCAGAGAGUGGAGCAAAGGCAGAAGAGGUGGUCCUGGGGAGGGCUCUCAGAGUCAGACAACCGACCAGGUAAGGAACCCUCCAUCACACCAUUCCCACUCUACUCUCUAUACUAUAUAGAUAGGACUGCUAAGUGUAUAGGACUCCACGUGUGUGUAAGGAGUUUCGGUUUCCUGCUUGUGUGACAGCGGGACGCUGAAUGACACAAGUCUGUAAAAUUAGCUGAUGCAUCCUCACAUUGACUGGCUCGUUAUUGGUUCACUGUCAGCUGGAGUUAUGUUGAUAGGCUCUGUGUGUUCUAUAUACGACCAUAUCUUGUUCCUCAAUGUUUUCUGUUUUUAUUUGAAGUCUGAAUGCCUUUAGUUAAUGACGCAUACUAUUAGUGUGUAGUGACAUAGCUGCCACACUGUAUCAUGAAGAACGUUUUAUUUUUUUGUAUCAGACAAGGCAUUUAUUGUACAUAUAGGGGGCAGUUUCCCAGACACAGAUUACGCCUAGUUCUGGAUUUAAAAACAUGACAGAAGAGAAUCUCCAUUUGAAUGUGCUUUUUAGUCCAGGAUUGGGCUUAAUCUGUGUAUAAAACCAAUGAUCAUAUUAUAGGGCAGAAAUAUGUAGGUUAUCAGUAUUUAUUUGACAUUUCUGUGGUCUGAUCCCAAAGAGCCUCACCCGAGUCUUAUCAUGUGAGCCUGUUUCCUAGCAGCUGGGUUGUGGGCUCUGACGGUCAGAGAUGGAAAUCUACUGAUGGUUGUCAGCCAGCCCUGUUCCUCUCUGUCCAUGUGGGGGGUUGUCUGUGUCUUCUCUCCACUCCCCAGAGCCUCUCUCUCACCCACAGGAGACCCUGACGCAGGCUCCCCCUCUCCGAUAGCUAUAGUAAUCUCCCCCGCGUCUCCAGGAAAGCCCCCCAGGACGCAAGGUGCUGGUUGAUACCUGUACUGUACCUACAGCACAGCAGCACGGACUGGCACUGUUAUGUUAACCACCAGCCCUUUUCUUAGUCACUCACUGCCUCACUAAUAUCUUCCUGGUUCUCACAGGGAUGGGUUGAUGUUGCUUGUAUGUACAGAUCUAGGAUCAGCUUACCCUCCCCCAAUCCUAACAUUAACCGGAGGGAAAAUGCAAGGCUGACCUUAGAUCAGCAUGUAAGGGGAACUUCCCUGUCUCUUCUGUCCCACGUGCCUUGGGCUCGCUGAAUGGAAACACCGCCUGUUGACUUCCUCUCUUUCUUUCACUCUCUCACUCACUUUCAUGGAGCCACUGAGCUCUCCGAGCAGCACUACUGUUGACCGUUUACACGCAUGUGCCAACUAAUGUCGACUUUCUCUUGACUGUUCAGCUGUGGUGUGUGUUCAGUUGAUGUUUUCUGGAUUUUCAACUCUUUCCACUAACUACUCUGCCUGGCUAAGAAUUGGAAUGGCUUUGGUCUGGCCCUUGGUGUUCAUGUAUAAAGAAUGUAAAAAGUAAAGAUGACAGUGUAAUGCUAUUUGAAUUAAAGAUGACAGUGUAAUGCUAUUUGCCAAGAAAUGUCAGCACUAAAAUAUGCAUCAAUAUUCAGAAGUGCCUUAGAUUGAUCAAUAGUGAUGGGGGGAAAAAUCUAUACAGUUACAUCGCAAUAUUAUUUUGGACUAUAUUAUAUCGAUGCUAUGACUUCUAGUAUCUAAUAAUAUUUUUUUUGCUAGGUAGCGUUAGCUAGCGCUAGUUGGCUGUACCUGCGCCAAAACUCUUUUAUCCUAUGACUUGUUCUCCAUCUUCUUUUUAAAUAAUGAACUAGCAUGUUUUCUGCACUUAUUUCCAUGACUGAUCAAACUCAUUUUCUCAUGCUGUCUUGUCUCUCUGCAGCAGACAAUUAGGCUGCAUUUAAACAGGCAGCCCAAUUCUGAUAUUUCUUCCACUAAUUGGUCUUGUGACAAGAUCUGAUGUGAUCGGUCAAAUCAGAUCUUUUUCAGAGCUGUUCUGAUUGGUCAAAAGGCCAAUUAGUGAAAAAAAUAUCAGAAUUGGGCUGUCUGUGUAAACGCAGCCAUAGUGCGCAAUAUGUUUGGAACAUCAAAUCUCAAUAACAUCGCAGUAUCGAAUCACAAUACAUAUACAAUCGUGAGAAUCACAAUACAUAUCGUAUUGUGAGGUCCCUGGCUAUUCCCUUCCCUAUUGAUCAAUGUUUGGUUUAAACAUUGCCCCACCAGUGCAGUAUACCAUAUACAUGUGUUGAGUAUUAGCUGCAGGCAGGGCAUUUGGACCCUGCAGAAGCCUGUCCUCUCCCUCCCUCUAUUUCUUCUCCCCCACGCCGAGUCUCCCUGUAUAACCCCCUCAUCCCUCCCCGUCUGUCUCUCUCCCUGCCUCCCCUUAGCUGACAAGCGCUCCACCUCCACCUCCACCAUGAACCUGAAACAGCCGGCCGAUUCUAGCAUCAACAAGCGCCUGUCCUCCUCCUCCGCCACCCUCAUCAACUCUCCCGACAAAAGUAAGUCCCUUCCCACCCUCCACCCAGCCACUGUCUCAGCCCACUGUCACUGUUAUUGUCACCGCGUUGACCCUCUCCUUCCCAUGUCCAGGAGCUGAGUGACAAGCCAAUCAGUGGAGCAUUAAGAGACUGGUAAUCCAAUGCCGUGGCUCGCUGUCUCUGACCUCAACCAAUAAUAAACCCAGCAUGAACUUGUGAUUCCAUUGCAUCCAUUUAGUGCUCACUUCCACUUUUUAGUGCGCUUUGUGACACCGAGAAGUGUCUCAGAAUCAUAAGGAGGGGCGCCAAAGGAUCAGUAAUCAGUUUAUGAUCUACCUACUUUCUCUUCUCUGCUCUUCAGUAGGCAUUGUACUGUACCUUCCCUUCUUAUCCUAAUGAAGUUCAUCUUGGUUUGAUUCACAAGGAAUUGCGCUGUUUCUGACCUCUGAGAAGAAGAAUCAUUCUGGGUCCAAUCUAGGCUUGGGCGGUAUACCGUAUAUACCCUAUACCAGGGUAUGAUUUUCAAUACUGGCCCUAUUCUUUUUUUUCAUGUGUUUUUUUUAUUUUAUUUAUUCACAAAAAAUCAAUUGAGCCUGUCACAUGGUAUGCUUCUUUACAAAGAGGACGUGGAGCAGACUGACGUUUCCUGACGUGACAUCCACUGAGCAGCACGAGAGGUGAUCAAGUUACACUUGAAAUUCACUACUAUUGUUUUCCAGCUAAAUACCAUAUAACUAUAAUUUUAACUAUCUAAGUGCCAAAUAAUUUUUCUCCAGCUCAGGGCCCCAGUUUGCUUACUUGCUAGGUAUAGGUGGCUAGCUUGCAAGGUCAAACUUCUGGGUUACAGCAGAGACAAUCAAUCCCCUCGUGGAUCAAGUGUGAGUAGCCUUUUGACAUAGUUCUAUAACUUGCGCUGGGUUGUCUGUCCUUGCAUUUAGUUUAUGUUCUCUUGCGCUUGUUAGCAUUUAUUUAGCAUCCGCUAUGGAAAUUCGUUAGUACUUUUGUUAGAAAUGUAUACAGUGCAUUCGGAAAGUAUUCAGACCCCUUCACUUUUUCCACAUUUUGUUACAUUACAGCCUUAUUCUAAAAUUGAUUAAAUAGUUUCCCCUCAGCAAUCUAAACACAAUACCCCAUAAUGACAAAGCGAGAACAGGUUUUUAGGAACUUUUGCAAAUUUAAAAGUAUUCAGACCCUUUGCUAUGGAACUCUAAAUUGAGCUCUGCUGCAUCCUGUUUCCAUUGAUCAUCCUUUUAUGUUUCUACAACUUGAUUCGAGUCCACCUGUGGUAAAUUCAAUUGAUUGGACAUGAUUUGGAUGCCAAGUGUCACGUCUGGGGGAAACCUGGCACCGCUCAUCACCUGGCCAAUACCAUCCCUACGGUGAAGCAUGGUGGAGAGGCAGCAUUAUGCUGUGUGGCAGGGACUGGGAGACUAGUCAGGAUCGAGGGAAAGAUGAACGGAGCAAAGUACAGAGAGAUCCUUGAUGAAAACCUGCUCAGGACCUCAGACUGAGGCGAAGGUUCACCUUCCAACAGGACAAUGGCCCUAAGCACACAGUCAAGACAACGCAGGAGUGGCUUCGGGACAAGUCUCUGAAUGUCCUUGAGUGUCCCAGCCAGAGCCCAGACUUGAACCCGAUCGAACAUCUCUGGAGAGACCUGAAAAUAGCUGUGCAGCGACGCUCCCCAUAUAACCUGACAGAGCUUGAGAGGAUCUGCGGAGAAGAAUGGGAGAAACUCCCCAAAUACAGGUGUGCCAAGCUUGUAUCGUCAUACCCAAAGGUGCUUCAACAAAGUACUGAGUAAAAGGUCUGAAUACUUAUGUAAAUGUGAUAUUUCCAGGGAUUUUUAAAUAUAUAAAUUUACUAAAAUUGCUAAAGACCUGUUUUUGCUUUGUCAUUAUGGGGUAUUGUGUGUAGAUUGAUGAUGGGGGAAAAAACAAUGUAAUCCAUUUUAGAAUAAGACUGUAACGUAACAAAGUGGAGAAAGUCGAGGGGUCUGAAUACUUUCCGUAUGCACUGUAUAUACAGUACCAAUCAAAAGUUUGGACAUACCUACUCAUUCAAGGGUUUUUCUUUAUUUUUAAAGCUAUUUUCUACAUUGUAGAAUAAUAGUGAAGACAUCAAAACUAUGAAAUAACACAUAUGGAAUCAUGUAGUAACCAAAAAAGUGUUAAACAAAUCAAAAUAUAUUUAUAUUUUAGAUUCUUCAAAGUAGCCACCCUUUGCUUGAUGACAGCUUUGCACACUCUUGGCAUUCUCUCAACCAGCUUCAUGAGGUAGUCACCUGGAAUGCAUUUCAAUUAACAGGUGUGCCUUGUUAAUUUGUGGAAUUUAUUUUCUUCUUAAAGCGUUUGAGCCAAUUAGUUGUGUUGUGACAAGUUAGGGAUGGUAUACAGAAGAUAGCCCUAUUUGGUAAAAGACCCAAGUCCAUAUUAUGGCAAGAACAGCUCAAAGCAAAGAGAAACGACAGUCCAUCAUUACUUUAUGUGACAUGGUCAGUCAAUACGGAAAAUUUCAAGAACUUUUAAAGUUUCUUCAAGUGCAGUCACAAAAACCAUCAAGCGCUAUGAUGGAACUGGCUCUCAUGAGAACCGCCACAGGAAAGGAAGACCCAGAGUUACCUCUGCUGCAGAGAAUGUUCAUUAGUUACCAGCCUUAGAAAUUGCAGCCCAAAUAAGUUCAAGUAACAGACACAUCUCAACAUUAACUGUUCAGAGGAGGCUGUGUGAAUCAGGCCUUCAUGGUCGAAUUGCUGCAAAGAAACCACUACUUAAAGGACACCAAUAAGAAGAGACCUGCUUGGGCCAAGAAACACGAGCAAUGGACAUUAGACCGGUGGAAAUAUGUCCUUUGGUCUGAUGAGUCCAAAUUUGAUAAUUUUGGUUCCAACCACUGUGUCUUUGUGAGACGCAGAGUAGGUGAACGGAUGAUCUCCUCGUGGAGCAUGGAGGAGGAGGUGUGAUGGUAUGGGGGUGCUUUGCUGGUAAAACUGUCAAGGAUUUAUUUAGAAUUCAAGGCACACUUAACCAGCAUGGCUACCACAGCAUUCUGCAGCGAUACGCCAUCCCAUCUGGUUUGAGCUUAGUGGGACUAUCAUUUAGUUUUUCAACAGGACAAUGACCCAACACACCUCCAGGCUGUGUAAGGGCUAUUUGACCAAGAAGGAGAGUGAUGGAGUGCUGCUUCAGAUGACCUGGCCUCCACAAUCACCCAACCUCAACCCAAUUGAGAUUGUUUGGGAUGAGUUGGACCGCAGAGUGAAGGAAAAGCAGCCAACAAGUGCUCAGCAUAUGUGGGAACUCCUUAAUGACUGUUGGAAAAGCAUUCCAGGUGAAGCUGGUUGAGAGAAUGCCUAGAGUGUGCAACGCAAAGGGUGGCUACUUUGAAGAAUCUCAAACAUAAAAUAUAUUUUGAUUUGUUUAACACUUUUUUUUUGGUUACUACAUGAUUCCAUAUGUGUUAUUUCAUAGUUUUGAUGUCUUCACUAUUAUUCUACAAUGUAGAAAAUAGUAAAAAUAAAGAAAAACCCUUGAAUUAGGUGUGUCCAAACUUUUGACUGGUGCUGUAUAUACAAUUAUUUAUUUACAUUUGGAUAGAAAUGGCGGCCCUUGUGUGCACUGCUGGUGAUACCGUAUACCCCGGUAUGGAACAGGAACGGUAUGAAGGUAUGGAAAUCUGGCUACCACCUAACCCUAAUCCAAUCCUUAUCUCUCCACAGCUUCCUUUUCCUCCACCAUUGUCAAGAGCCCUUACACACAAUGUUGUUUGUUCUCUGUCUCUCUCUCUCACUCACCCCCCUUUGGGCCUUCCUAUGGUCCUAUGGUCAGUUGAUGGGAAUUGUAAGACCAACAGCAGCAAUAUUUCAGUGUGUGUUAUUUAGAAUCUCUAAGACCAACUACAGGAGAAUGUAAAGAGAAAUGGCUGUGUCACAGCUUCACCGUGGCUGUCUCCUCGUUGUCUCUCAGGUGCUCGUGUGAGGAGUUCGUCACUGAACCGGUUGCCUAGAAACAAGACAGUCGACCUAGACACUCAGCCCUCUAAGGAAGGCAGAAAAAAGCUUCAGGUGGAACAGACAGGUGCAUAUUAAGGCCCCCAUCUCUAUACACCCCCAUCAACGCCCAACACAACCAUCCUCUUCAUGCUCCACACUCCCUCUGAUAGGUCUGAGCAACCAUUGCCUGGUGUUGCUCUGAAGCUUUAGACAAGGCCAUCUUUCCGCACAGUAAACGCGUGCCUAUAUAGAUUAACAUAAUUCAUCUAAAGAGUAUUAAGUGGCAAGAAAUGUUUUGCAUGUUAGAGAGAAAGGGUUUUCUUAAGACUGAUUAGUUGACAGAUCCAGGCUAACACGAUACACUACCGUGGUGCUAGACAUCAUGUAGCCCUCUAUCGAGAUAGAGAGCAAGUAAUCAGAUUAUGAUCAUAGUGUCGUUUAGCCACACAGUCCACGAACAUGGACUUCAAGGCCUAUUGAUUUGUACUGUAAUGAUAUAACAAUAACUCUUUAUUGAAAUCCAUGUGAUUCUUGAGGGCCUUUCGGGGAACAUGCCCCCGCCCCCUCUGUCACUGAUAGGCUGUAACCCCACUCUCCUGUCUGUAGGCCCCUCCCUGAAGAAGAGAAGCUCCUCCCUGACACGAGCUGGGGGGGGCAGAACGCCGACCCCCUCCAAGCUCGAUAAGGGGACGUCAGACGACCAAGGUGGCUAGCAUGAACCAAGUUUAUAUUUUAUAUUCUUGUCCUUGUCUCCUCCUUUUGUAAUAACAAGCACGCAUCUCCUCCUCUCCGACAUUUGUCUGCUCACUCACUUCACUCAUUCAGCUCCUAGUGCUGAUUUUGUAUGCGCAAGCUGGGGAGGGUUAGGCAGUUCAGGCAUACUGUUGGUGCAGUGAUUGUAAAGUGCAACAAGGUAGUGAUUUGUAACUUCCAAACCGGCCUUCAUCCCUUUCCUCCACUCUUUCCCUCUCUCUCUCCAGGUGUGCUCUUCUCUAGCCAACACUGUACACCCUCGACUGCCCCGAACUCCUGUCCCUCUGUCUGUCCCUGGUCUCUACCAGGGGCUUUCUCUGGUGCCUCGUGUCACUAAUUCACCCCACUCUACCAGGGGCUCUCUGGUGGCUCGUGUCACUAACUCACCCCACUCUACCAGGGGCUCUCUCUGGUGCCUCGUCACUAAAUCACCCCACUCUACCAGGGGCUCUCUCUGGUGCCUCGUCACGAAAUCACCCCACUCUACCAGGGGCUCUCUCUGGUGCCUCGUGUCACAAACUCACCACACUCUUUCUCUAACAGAUCUCUCCUCUAUUGUUGCUUGCCUGCUGUGUUUAACUCUCAGCUAAUCUUGUCUUAACCCCCCCCCUCUCUCCCCUCUCUCUCGUUCCUUUGAGCUGCUAAGCAGCAGGAAUGGCUCCUAACUAACACAAUGUUUUGUUUGUUGGUCACAAUGUGUUUGUUGUUUUGCCUGCAGAUGACGUUUGUAAGCAGUGGAUUUGACACAUGGGGUCUCGUGCCCCACGGUGUGUGUCAGUGCCAUCCCACUGUAGCUCCUAGGGUCUAGAAAGCACUGUGUUAACCAUAUCCCACUGCAUCCAACAUACUGUAUGUCUGUUAACCAUAUCCCACUGCAUCCAACAUACUGUAUGUCUGUUAACCAUAUCCCACUGCAUCCAACAUACUGUAUGUCUGUUAACCAUAUCCCACUGCAUCUAACAUACUGUAUGUCUGUUAACCAUAUCCCACUGCAUCCAACAUACUGUAUGUCUGUUAACCAUAUCCCACUGCAUCUAACAUACUGUAUGUCUUGUAGUAGUUGUUCUCAUUUACAGGGCAAAUAGUUUCUCAGUGAUGUGAGAUGCCAUGAACUGUUUAAAUAUCAUUUUAGUUUGAGUUGAUAACAAUCUUUGAAUCUCCCAUACUGUGUUAGAGGAAUCCCACAACGAGCCAUCCAUGUCUGUUCUUAAAACCUGGAUCCCUUCACUAACCAGACAGGGAAAAGUCUCCCAUCCCCAACCGUUCCUAACCACGUUUCCUAGCCGACCCUGACCUCCAAUCAGUCUGGAGCUUCACAACUGGAUCUGAAGCAGUUUAGGGGUCUGGCUCCAUGCUUUAAGAGGCUGGCCCACUCUACAUCUAACAAAUUAGUGUCUGCAACAGAUGUCCCCUCUCUGUCAGGGAGCCUGAAGGAGGCCUCGAUGCAAAUCCCUUCAUCCAAAGUGCCAAACAGGAAUAUAGAGCAACGGACAAUUUUAUUUUAACAUUUCUGUUUAUCAACCUUUGCUACUGGGAUACUGUGCUUCCAUAGGAACCAAGGGGGAACUGUAUUCCUUCAUUUCGUGAGAUCAAGAGCUCUUGGUUUCUACUGUCAGACUCCAGGUCUCCUGCUAAUAUGUACAAGUGAUCGGUACUCCACUGUCUAUUCACAUAUAGUGGGCAGGGCCUAGAAUUACCGUCUUGGUUGGGCUAUUUAAAUUUAAGACUAAAUUCUUGUUCUUUCCAAUACAAAGCACUGCUAUAGUCUGAACAGUAGAAACCAGAGAGUACUUGCGCACUCUUACUUUGAGCCCUUACCUCCAUGUUCCAUGUCCUCCCUAUCCACCCCAUAGCACGCCCCCUCUCCUGUCUGGGGACUGAGCUCACUAACACCCUUUUUACCCCCCAGCAUCCCCUCUGCACCAGGGACACCUUGAUUAGACCUCACUUGUAGUCCUCUUAAGUUGCUCGACAAUCACUCUGGGUCUGUGUCCCAAUACUCUUUCCUGGUCUCCUUGUCUUCAUUCCCACUGGGUGGAAUGGGUGAAAGGACUAGGUUUCCACAAGGACUCCCUUUAAGACUAUUGAGACACAGCCUUGGUUUCUUAUGUGGAUUCUCUCCUGUUACUGGUUGAAAUCACAUGGUGACCCCCCCCCAAAUCCCACCCCUUUCUUUGUGUUGACCCUCAUCCCCCACCCCUCGCCUCCUUCUUUUUCUUCUUGUUUUGGCUUCUCCAUUUUUUGGGGGGUUCGGCUUGUUCCGGACGUGUAGCUCGCAAGCCCCUGGCGAGCCCAGUGGACGGAGGGUUCCUCAGUCGCCUGCUCACCCCCACCCAGGCCUCACUAGCUAGGAGCAAGAGCGCUGCAGCCCUGUCGGCCGAAGGAGGCAACGCCCCAGGUAACCCCCACAGAAGAGACCCCCUGUAGAGAGUGAGGACCCAACAACGCACAGGGACCCCCCCACCCCGCUGCUGUCCUCCAUUAUAUCACUAGCUACAGUAUAAGAUAAUACCACCUCAAGCCACACCCCUGUCCUCCAUUAUAUCACUAGCUACAGUAUAAGAUAAUACCACCUCAAGCCACACCCCUGUCCUCCAUUAUAUCACUAGCUACAGUAUAAGAUAAUACCACCUCAAGCCACACCCCGGUCCUCCAUUAUAUCACUAGCUACAGUAUAAGAUAAUACCACCUCAAGCCACACCCCUGUCCUCCAUUAUAUCACCAGUUAGUAGCUAUAAAACACCCACCCCAGGUCCCUAUUAUGUCACUGGAUGUAUAGACAUAUAUCUCUAGCCCAGACUCCUGCUGCUGGCUAGGCAAAUCCUUUGACGCAAACUGGCCUGUGUUAUGGUUAUGUUGUCCAGUGGCUAUAGGCUGGAGUCCAGGGGUGGCUAUAGGCUGGAGUCCAGGGGUGGCUAUAGGCUGGAGUCCAGGGGUGGCUAUAGGCUGGAGUCCAGGGGUGGCUAUAGGCUGGAGUCCAGGGGUGGCUAUAGGCUGGAGUCCAGGGGUGGCUAUAGGCUGGAGUCCAGGGGUGGCUAUAGGCUGGAGUCCAGGGGUGGCUAUAGGCUGGAGUCCAGGGGUGGCUAAAGGCUGGAGUCCAGGGGUGGCUAAAGGCUGGAGUCCAGGGGUGGCUAAAGGCUGGAGUCCAGGGGUGGCUAAAGGCUGGAGUCCAGGGGUGGCUAAAGGCUGGAGUCCAGGGGUGGCUAAAGGCUGGAGUCCAGGGGUGGCUAAAGGCUGGAGUCCAGGGGUGGCUAUAGGCUGGAGUCCAGGGGUGGCUAUAGGCUGGAGUCCAGGGGUGGCUAUAGGCUGGAGUCCAGGGGUGGCUAUAGUCUCGAGUACAGGGGUGGCUUAAGGCUAUAUUACUGUUGACAGGCCCUGCUUGGUCAGUGGUACAUGUCUUGAACAUAAUGUAUUUUCCAGUAAAAGUACUCUCGUGAUCACAAGGUUGUGCAUACAUAUGUAGAUGUACGCCACACACAUACACGUGCAGGACCUGCUCACAUGCACUCAGAGCUCAGACACAAUUGGCUGGGGUGUGUGUAGAGUCUUAAUAAUUAUAAUAAUAAUAAUUAGUCAUUUAGCAGACGCUCUUAUCCAGAGCGACUUACAGGAGCAAUUAGGGUUAAGUGCCUUGCUCAAGGGCACAUCGACAGAUUUUUCACCUAGUCGGCUCGGGGAUUAGAACCAGCGACCUUUCGGUUACUGGCACAACGCUCUUAACCACUAAGCUACCUGCCGCCCUCCUUGGCUGGGAGCUGGUUUGGUGUGCCUGAGGAGCCUUGGGAAUCAGAGUUCACGCUGGGUGGCUUUGCACUAAGCUGCUUUCCUGUGGGCCCAGUGCAGCCCGCGGCUGGUUGCCUGAGAGAGAAUGAGUGUUGUUGUUUGUGCUGGUAAUGAACCCAGAGAGCUGGAGACUUGCUAGACAGUAGUAAGAACCUGAGUCUCAAACCACAGACCAGCAGCUUACACUGGCUUGCUAUAUGAAAGACUUACUCCUUUAGCACCCUUAUAGAGGGGCUAGCUACUCAUUGUGGGUUACAAAUUGACUAGGCAAGUAAGGGUUGUGAGCAUGAUGUAGCCAAAUAUACUGGAAUACGCAGUGGUGUAGCUGACGUGAAGAAUUUGUCCUAUUCAACUUUGGGGUUUUUGAUUUGGAUUGGAUUCAAGCUGGAAAUAAUAUUGUGUGGCAUUGGCAUACUAGGCUAAGCCCCCAAAGCACUGUCUUUAAAACAAAGGAAAUGCUGGAAAUCCUGACCAGGGACCUCACGAUACCAUAUUAUCACAAUACUUUUACAUUUACGUCAUUUAGCAGACGCUCUUAUCCAGAGCGACUUACAAAUUGGACUUAGGAGCCGAUACGAUAUACAGUAUAUUGUGAUUCUCACGAUUUAUAUAUGUGUAAAAGUGCUGAAAACAAAUUGGCUCCCGAUUUAAAUAGAAGACUGAGAACAAGAUAUGAAGGAAAAAUACUGGUGUUUUGGUACAGCCGACUAGAGCAAAAAUAAUGUUGUGAUAUUGUCAAAAAGAAUAUUGCAAUAUAUAUCGUAAAAGAUUAUAUCCCAACAUUCCCCCCCAUCACUAUGAAUGAGUACUAGCAAUUAAGCCCUCCUCCAGCAUGCUUGAGUGUUGCUAUUGGAUUGUGAUGGUUUGUGGUGUUUCUAGACUAAUGUGUGUAUGUGAGCGCUGCCAGCAAUAUGCUGCAUUGGUGUGAUGAUUUUGUGACGGUGGUGGGUUGUGUGUGACCUGUGUUCAGUGUCUGAUGUGGGGGUGUGCUCAUUGCUGUGGUGUGUCAAUGUGUUUUGCUAUGUGCAGCACCGGAGCUUUGGCACCAAUCAGGGGAUGCCAGUCCAUCAGUCUGUCCCUGCCUCUCUCUGGCUCCACCCUCCAGCCCUGCCAUGCUUCAACAACCAACCGUGUGUUACCAUAAUCUAACACUAGGUUGUGUUUUGUGCUCUUAUCCCCCGAACCAUCAUCUUCCUCUCUUUCUACUCUCUCUCUUUUUCUCUCCAUCUCUCUCUUUUUCCCCAUGCCUCUGCUUUGCUCACCCAACUCGGCUGCUUCUACCCUCGCUCCCAUUGGCUGGUUUCCCUGCGCUGCGAUGACUGUGUCCUUUACCAGAGUGUCACCUGUGUCCUCGCUCAGCCUCGGCCAGCCCCCUGAACCCAAUGCAGCGAGGACCCCUGCGCAGCCGCAGCAUCGACCGGCAGAAGAGCGCCACCCUGCCCACCUCCGCCUCGGCAGACCAACUGAACCCCUCACUGGUGAGACGUCAUGAAUUUGGAAGACAUAUGAAGACAUAUAAUUAUCAUUAAUAGAAUGGACAUAUGAAGACAUAGAAUUAGCAUUAAUAGAAUGGACCUAUGAAGACAUUGAAUUAGCAUUAAUAGAAUGGACAUUUGGUAGACAUAGAAUUAGCAUUAAUAGAAUGGACAUUUGGUAGACAUAGAAUUAGCAUUAAUAGAAUGGACAUGGAAGACAUAGAAUUAGCAUUAGCAGAAUGGACAUAUGGUCUGGGGCAUGCAUAGAGCACUUAGGACUAAUGUGUUCAUGUGCAUGAUGGCAAACUGUUAAUGGGGGUGUGAUUAGGUCUUGUCUCGACUGUUUAAAUUUAGCGACUUAGUAGUCAGCUAUGCAUGCAUAGUUUCUGCAUUCUUAGCAGGGACAGUCCCCUCCCAGAUCAUCAAAAUGAAUGAAGGAGCAGGUGAAGGAGACAGUGGAAAUGUAGGCCAUGUAAAGGUGUGUGGGUUGUCUUUCCCAGAAGCCCUUUGGACACCAGGAUAAAGUUACAGGAACAAGGUGCUUAAAGCCAUGAUAACACUAUCUCGCCAAACCUGCAAUGAUACGGUGUUAGACAAAAUAAACCCAGUAUACAAAUGUCACUCAUUUAUAUGCAUGCAUCCUGUAUAAUUUGCCAGUCAAAGCAGCCCUGUGGGUUAUCCAUCCAUGAUACAGAUCUGAGAGCUGUGUUCUCUCAGAAUCACACUGCUCUCCCACGACAUUGUUCACUAGAGAAAAGCUUUGUUCACUCUUGGUGCAUUAAAGAUGUUUACCAAACAAUUCAAUAAGACCAGGAUGCCACUACUGCGUUCAAGUGUUUUAGCCCCCAAGUAGAUUCAUUGGGCAUUAACAGAGUCAUGUUAGCCUCGAGACAUGUUCCAUGCAGCCUGAGGCAAGCUCUUUGAUUCGUUCAGUGUCCUCCACUGCCUGGCUCUCUCUCCCUCCCUGUCCUUUCUCCAUGGUACUCCAUGGAUAUGAAGGAGCACUAUUGUCACAGACAGAUGGACAAAGGAGCCCACAACAGGCUGAGUACAGUAGGAGUGGCUGGCUGUGGCUGGGUCAGGCCAUGCAGAGCAGGACAGGCAGAAGAGCAGGCCACACCCUGGGUCUUGGGCUGCCUUUCAAUAGCCUAAGGUGGCUUCUUCCCCUUGUCUCUUUUCCUCCACUGACUGGACAGGUGAAAGCAAAUUCCUGGUAGGUAGCCUCCAUCUUGUUUUGACCUAGUCUGGUAGGUAGCCUCCAUCUUGUUUUGACCUUGUCUGGUAGGUAGCCUCCAUCUUGUUUUGACCUUGUCUGGUAGGUAGCCUCCAUCUUGUUUUGACCUAGUCUGGUAGGUAGCCUCCAUCUUGUUUUGACCUUGUCUGGUAGGUAGCCUCCAUCUUGUUUUGACCUUGUCUGGUAGGUAGCCUCCAUCUUGUUUUGACCUAGUCUGGUAGGUAGCCUCCAUCUUGUUUUGACCUAGUCUGUGUUUCCAGAUCAGCAAGGAUGAAUGAGAUAAGGAGAUGAAGCCCCUUUAGACUAUUGAGAUGUGUCCUCGAGUGUCCUAUUCAAGGAGACAGUCAAGUACAGCCUAGGGAGAGAUUGCAGAGACCGAGAGACUCAUGGGUAGGUAUCUCCCCAAUGCUUUAGAGGACACAUCUAUGCGCUAUCCAGAGUGCACAUUUAAAGGGAGACAUGCUGCUCCUAUGAUGCGGGCAGACAUGCCAGUGUGUUUGUGUGUGUGCUUGUCCAUGCACUUUUCCUCUCAGUGAUUAGCUGGUGUAAAUCUCCAGUGAGAAUGGAAGGUACUCUGUGUGGUGACGAAUAGGAGGGGACGGCGCUCCUCGUAUAAAACCAUCCCUCUCUUCCAGUCUCCUCUCCUCACAGUAGAAUGAUCAUACAUCGCAUGCGCUUUGUCUUGUCUGCUUUGUGAAAGCUUUGAAAGCUAUUUCUACCCCACAUGAAGCAAAUAGUUUACCACUAAAUGCACACUGCUCUUUUACUAAGCAGUGUUCAGAUAAACCCUGACUAAAUAGUUAUACAGCCGUACACACACAAACCUCUCCUGAGUUUGGCAUGCGUGUCAGUUUACGUGUGUGUCCGUCUGUUGUUUUGCCAGGUGAGGGUGACCUUGCUGUGCCCGUCAGCAUGUUUUCAGACCCCCCUCGUGGCAUGUCGGCUUUAAAAAAAUAGAUUUAUUUGAAUCAGACAUGCCCACAUGGUAACCUUCACGGUGACGGUCAGUGCUGUGACGUUAUUUAAAGCCUGCUGUGACAACAUGGGAGACUGUGUCUGUCUGUGUCAUGGAUCAGGUGCUAUCUGGUCACUCCAUGUUAUUGAUGCACUUCUACUGGUUCACUGUAUUCUCAUGAAGGGUUGCAUUUCUAGUGUUAAUCCUACAUGUGUUAUUUUAAGGAUACCCUAGCCGGAUGACUCGCUCCAGUUUGGAUGCUAAGACGUAAUGGACUGAAUUGUCCCUCUCUCUCUCUUUGUGGAACGACAGAAGGAGAAACGGUUCUCGUCGCCCGGAGGGAAACGCCCCGCCUCGCCCUCCAACAUAGCGGGACGCCACCGCUCGCCCUCCCCCGCCCCUCUCCCCGCCAGCAAGAGAACCCCCUCCCCCAGUGCAGCAAAGUAAGACAUCACAUCUCUCCCUAGAAAAUGUGUUAACAAUAUUCCAUAUAAAACAAUAUUCAAUAUUUCUUGUUUAAUUGUGUACUAUUGAAAUUGUUUAGAUUUGUUGGAUAAUUGAUAACUGCCAAAUCUUGUCUCCCCUCUACAGGCAAAGCCCCCGUAACCGUCCCCCGUCACCCGGAGGUAUCAAACAUCGCCCCCCUUCCCCCCAGCUCAGCUCGGCCAAGCCCCCAUCCCCCCAGCCCACCUCUGCCAAGCCACCACCCAUCCAGAGACCGGCCCUCACCCCAACCGGCCCACCCCACCCUGCGGAAGAAAGACUCCAAGCCAAAGGACCUGUGUCCCAUCCAGGCUGUGGCCCCCCAGUCCCCAGAACCCCCCCAGACCAGCACAACACCGACCCCUACAACUACCACCUCCAGUAAGACCAAAGACAAGGACGGUGAGUAAAGAGGACCUCCAACCUUACAUACGUCAACCUCACUAAGAUCACCUUUCUCUCUGGGCUGAGUUAGCUAUUUACCUCUGGUAGUACCACAGUCAUGACAUAGGGCUAAAAUCUCACUUGAGUAAGGACUUUGCCGAGCUCAGAUUAAGCAAGAAUAAACGCCAACAAUCUCAGUCUUAUGAGACUCACUUUCUUCUAAUAAUGAGACUGUAAGCCCCUGAGGCAGUGGUUUGGAAACCCUGUAUUGUAUUACUCAGUUCCCAUAAAGGGCAUCAGCCUCUGCUCUGUCCUCUAUCCGGAUGUAUCUAAAUUAUCUAUGGCAGUGAUCAUCAACUAGAUUCAGCCGCGGGCCAAUUUUUUUUCUUGAGUGGAUGGUCGGGGGCCAGAACAUAAUUAUAAAUAAUUUGUAGACUGCAAAUUGACUGCAAGAAGCCCAAACAGAUAUAAUAUUUGAUUAAAAUGUCAUUUCAAACCUUGUUUACAUUUGUAUAUGAUCUCUCUAUUAUGUGUGGAAGUACUAGGGAACAGAUUUCCCAAAUUAAAAUCACUUGUAGCUGAUUUCCUGGUGUUAAAAAAAUAAAUAUAUAUAUAUAUAUAUAAAUAAUAAUAAUAUGCCAUUUAGCAGACGCUUUUAUCCAAAGCGACUUACAGUCAUGCGUGCAUAAUUUUUUUUUUUUUGUGUAUGGGUGGUCCCGGGAUCGAACCCACUACCUUAGCGUUACAAGCGCCGUGCUCUACCAGCUGAGCUACAGAGGACCACAUAUAUAUUAUAUGUAUGUGUGUAUGUCCAACAAUGAAAAUUCACAUGGCUUAAUACCUCCGUUUCACCACAGUGGGUUCCUCUCCUGUGCGGUUCAUUAGCAAGGGAAAGUGACAUGCCAGCCCCAGCAGCAGCUUAGUGUGUAGCUGUAAAUUCUCUGUGGACCAGCACAACCAGCUGUAGUUACAUCCCGUUAGCCCUAGAGAGGUCUAGUACCCCCUUCUGGUCAGAGUCCUGUACUACUACUGUAGAACUCAUUAGGAGAUGGUUAAGGCCAGGGUUAAUGGAUGGUGUGUGUGUGCUGCAGCCCCUCACUGCUCCCAAUAGGACUUAUUCUGCAGUAGGAGACAGAGAUCUCAUUAUGACCAGCAGCCACAGAGAUGGUCGUGUGAAAUCGGUUUCCACACUUUGUUUUACCCUCUUGCUCUCUCUGUCUUCUUCCUUUCUCUUACUGUCUUUUUCCUUUCUCUUUCUCUCUCACUUUCUGUGUGUGUCUCUCUCUCUCUGUACUCCCUAGUAGUUUAGGUAUGCAUCUGUAGUGUUUGGUGCUAUGACUGCUGUGUGGUUAUUAUGUUGUGUCUUGGUUAUGUCAUUUAAAGGAAAGGUUCACCCAUUUUGAAUGUUUUAUGGUUUUAGUGCAUCUGAGUGAUGUUCUAUCGAUUCCCAGGGUCAUUUCAUGUGUAUCUGAGUAAUUGGCGUUCGAGCAGGCAGAAAUCCGUCUGUUAUGACGUAGCAUUGUGAAAAAGUUGCUCUCACUACACUGGAGUAAUAGGAAUAAGUCUGUCAUACACGUCAGAUUUCAAUUCUGGCCGAUGUCAUAACUCGGGAGGAUGUCAUCUCUCGAAUGAACCGUUAAUCAUAUUUUUGCGAUAUUCCUACCAUCUAUCAAUGUGUUAUUUAACGGAGGGUCUAACACAUUUUACCUGUUUGUCUUCCUCUUUAGUCCAGGGUGCAUUGCAUGGUGUUGUUGCCAGAUAUAUUAUAGAAAGGAGAUAGGAAUCCAAUGAAUGAAGGAACGUAUAACGCCCCACCAAGCAGACUGUCAACCAAUCGCGUUCACGUUAGGUGCCAGUAUGAAAAUGUAUGCACUCACUAACUGUAAGUCGCUCUGGAUAAGAGCGUCUGCUAAAUGACUAAAAUGUAAAUGUAACGUUGUCAUGCUGUGUCAAGCGGUUGCUAAGGUAAUCGUCGCGCAAUCCCUUCUCAAAGUCAGUGUAUAUGUCAAGAAACGUGCCUAUUUUCCUCGAAAGUACGUAAUGUCACGAUUCUAAAGCUAUACGAUACUAUAGAUGGCAAGUUAAUUAUCUCACAUCUCGGAAAAGAUUUGUAAUGUUGUACUUCUUGUUGACGAAAUUCGUGCUAAUGUUGGGUUUUUGAGCUAGCGCCCAAUAGACUCCCAUUCACUCCUUGAAGGAGAGUGCUCCUUCUCCCAGAAUCGCCCAGAAUGCACCGCGUGGCCCAUUUGACAUUUCCUAUCACCUCAAAAGUGUAUCUGCCGUUACGAAUGUCAGACUACUCUGUGAGGCACAUCGAUCUGCAGGUUGAACAUGGUGAGAUUGUAGACUCCUAAAUUGAUAGUGCAGUUUGUUUAGGUGAUUUUACAGUUAACUAGCUACUUCACAUGCUGAUAUUGUUGUUGGCAUUAUUGUGUGUAGCCCAUAGAGAGAGCAUUGCAUUGUGGAUUUUGCAGGCGACUUCAGCCGCAACAGAUUUCCACAACGAUUUUCCAUGUUGCUACCAACCUUAUAAUAACACCAAAAUGAAACAUUUGUUCACAAAAAUAAUGUUCUCACAUAUUAGUGUUAUUUAACACUGUAAAUUAAAGCAAUGAGUGGUUUUGGGUGGAUUUUUCCUUUAAUGAGAAGAUAUAUUAACUAACCUCCUGGUUGGCUCCUAUCUGUCUCUCAGACAAGUCCAUGGCGGGCACCAACUCGGCUGCCGAAGCCGCCAUGAUCCUUGCAGAGAACCGCCGUCUGGCGCGGGAGAAGAAGGAGAGAGAGGAGGCACUCCGAGUACUGAGAGAGGAGGAGGAGAAGUAAGGAAACGGCUGAUGCUACUAGAACCCGUUCAGGUCGUCUCACCAUCUCUCUGUGGGGGGACAUUGACCUCUCCUAUCUUAUCUACAGGCUGAGGAAGGAGGAAGAGAAACGCUUGGCCGAGGAGGCACGGUUGAAAUGCCUGGAGGAGGAGAGGAGGCUGGCGGAGGAGAGGAAGAAAAAGGAGGAGGAGGACGCUCUUAUGGCAGAGGCAGACAGAGAGAGACUGGAGGCAGAGGAGGCCGAGAGACAGGCUGAGCUACAGAAAGAGGUAGGGACACGCAGACACAUUGACAGUGUUGUUGGUGUAAUUUAUUGUUUGAUUGGUUGCUUGUGUGAUUGACAACCUGUUUGUCCAAUCGCAGCGUGAAGAGGCGGAGGCACAGGCUGCAAUUGAUGCAGAGAAGGUCCGCAUUGAGAGGGAGAGGGUAAUGGCCCAGAACCAACAGGAACGCAUGGAGAGGAAGAAGGUGGGUGGAGAAUCACCAUUUCAUCAUACAUGCUUUAUCAUACACACUGCACACAUUGACUGUAUGUUCUGAGUAACAUGUUCAUCAUACACAUUCAGUAUGCACACUCAGUGAAAAUAGCCCCUACAUCCACUCCCUGUAUACGAACACUUUAACGUAAAAGCAGUCCAACCAUUUUAUAACUUGUAUUACAUUGAGCAUGUCUGCACGGUGUAAUUUGCCAGAAAUUGUUGACAUGAAUCUCCCUGUUGCUCUUCGACUUGCAGAGAAUUGAGGAGAUCAUGAAGAGAACCAGAAAAGGGGAGCAAGAAAAGGUGAGUUCAAAUUUCUCAAGCUAUGAUAUCUCCAUGGAAACUGUGCUUUCUACAAUAGCCAAGUCUGCUUGGAUAAGCACACCUAGUAAUCCUUGCACAUACUUGAUACAUAUUUUAACUUGUACGCAUUUUGACCGGCACUCUGUCCCUGUGUCCUGUGUAGAGAGAUGAAGAUGAUGAUGAUGAUGAUGAUGAUGACAUACAGGAUGAAGAGGGAGGAGGAGGGGGGCGAAGAAGAAACCAACUGUGACGACACCAAGGGUAACUGUCCACCGUCAAUUAACCAUCCCUUGGAGCUGGGUGAUAUGAACAAAAACCCAUAUCAUAAAUUGACUGAAUUAUAGCGAUUUUUAAAUAGAACGAUUAACAUGAUAACAUUAAUGUGUACUGCAACUACUACUUUAGAUGUUGUAGCUACAGUGCAUUCGGAGAGUGUUCAGACCCCUUGACCUUUUCCACAUUUUGUUACAUUUCAGUCUUAUUCUAAAAUUGAUUAAAUUGAUUUUUUUCCUCAUCAAUCUACACACAAUACCCCAUAAUGACAAAGCAAAAACAGGUUUUUAAUUUAUACAAAAUUAAAAACGGAACUAUAACAUUUACGUAAGUAUUCAGCCCCUUUACUCAGUACUUUGUUGAAGCACCUUUGGCAGCGAUUACAGCCUAGAGUCUUCUAGGGUAUGAUACUAUAAGCUUGGCACACCUGUAUUUGGGGAGUUUCUCUCAUUCUCUCUGCAGAUCCUCUCAAGCUCUGUCAGGUUGGAUGGGGAGCGUCUUUGCACAGCUAUUUUCAGGUCUCUCCAGAGAUGUUAAAUCAGGUUCAAGUCUGAGUUCUGGCUGGGCCACUCAAGGACAUUCAGAGACUUGUCCCGAAGCCACUCCUGAGUUGUCUUGGCUGUGUGCUUAGGGUCGUUGUCCUGUUGGAAGGUGAACCUUCAACCCAGUCUGAGGUCCUGAGAGCUUUGGAGCAGGUUUUCAUCAAGGCUCGCUCUGUACUUUGCUCCGUUCAUGUUUUCCUCGAUCCUGACUAGUCUCCCAGUCCCUGCCACUUCACCGUAGGGAUGGUACCAGGGUUCCUCCAGACGUGACGCUUGGCAUUCAGGCCAAAGAGUUCAAUCUUGGUUUCAUCAGACCAGAGAAUCUUGUUUCUCAUGGUCUGAGAUUCUUUAGGUGCCUUUUAGCAAACUCCAAGGGGGCUGUCAUGUGCCUUUUACUGAGGAGUGGCUUCCGUCUUGCCACUCUACCAUAAAGGCCUGAUUGGUAGAGUGGCCAGAUUGCUCAGUUUGGCCGCGUGGCCUUCUCUAGGAAGAGUCUUGGUGGUUCCAAACUUCUUCCAUUUAAGAAUGAUGAAGGCCACUGUGUUCUUGGGGAGCUUCAAUGCUGCAGAAAUGUUUUGGUUACCCUUCCCCAGAACUGUGCCUCAACACAAUCCUGUCUCGGAGCUCUACGGACAAUUCCUUCGACCUCAUGGCUUGGUUUUUGCUCUGACAUGCACUGUCAAUUGUGGGACCUUGUAUAGACAGGUGUGUGCCUGUCCAAAUCAUGUCCAAUCAAUUGAAUUUACCACAGGUGGACUCCAAUCAAGUUGUAGAAACAUCAAGGCUGAUCAAUGGAAACAGGAUGCACCUGAGCUCAAUUUUGAGUCUCAUAGCAAAGGGUCUGAAUACUUUUGUAAAUAAGGUCUUUCUGUUUUUUAUUUUUAAUAAAUAUACAAACAUUUCUAAACCUGUUUUCACUUUGUCAUUAUGGAGGAUUGUGUAGAUUGAUUCGAUGUUUUGUUUAUUUAAUACAUUUUAGAAUAAGGCAUUCAAAUGUUUCAACAAAAUUGGGAUCCUUAACAUUAAGAAAAAUCCCUAACCAAAAAACAAAGUUGUAUUUUUGUUUUGCAAAAUUUUAAUCACAAUGCAGUUAUAACAAAACAUAUUAUUUUCUGUGCUAUAGCCUAACUAGACGAUAGGCUAUAAAGGCCUGGGGAAAGAGGGGAAGAGGCCAACUUUAGGCUACUCAAGGCAUGCAAACCAAGACGCUGUGCGAUCCAGAUUACCAAGACAUUCUUUCUGCCUGCCCCUCUCUCUCCCUCGCUCUGGCUUGCCUGCUCUUGCUCUUCGCCAGAGACCUGUAUAUGAUGACGAUAUGCUCAUGUCUCCGCCCUAACAAUAGGAGUCGUUGUCCCAAAGGCGGGAAGGCAGGCGACAAGCUCAGGUCCAAAAUAAGCCCAUAGAAAUGCAUUGGGCUUAUUUUAGACUGAUUUUGGCGAGUGAAACCUCUCGCUUCGCCUCUUCCUCUGAGUCUUUGCUAAUGAUGCUAGUGUGUGUUCAGUCUUCGGUGUGUUGAGUGUAGAAUAUCCUAGCCUAUUCAUUGAUGAUAGGCCCUGCUUUACUGAAGUUGCGAGACAUGGCAAGCCAAGAAAUUGCGAGAUACAGCAUUCCAUUGCGUGAUACAGCUUUUGAUUGCCGAUAGAUAGGCCUAGUGCACGGUUCUGACUGUCUGGUGGCUGACCUGCCCUAUACUGAUAGAUAGGCCUAGUGCACGGUUCUGACUGUCUGGUGGCUGACCUGCCCUAUACUGAUAGAUAGGCCUAGUGCACGGUUCUGAAUGACUGCCUGCUGGCCGACCUGCCUAUAGUGUGCCCCUCCCCCCCUCUCCGUCCCUUGCUAGCUCGCUCUGAAAGAUGCGAGUGUUUUGUGUUCUCGGAAGUAUAGCAACUAAUCAGUCUCCUCCAUUCCCAAAAAAUCUUAGGAGCCGAUUCUUAGCGGAAUCGAACCUUAACUCAGAAAUGGGAGUCGACACCGGGAGUCGACAUGCAAGGAGUGGAGGAAUGAAUCAUUUUGGAGUCGACUCUCCACCACUACGUCAUCGGCGUUAACUUUAGAAAAGAGAAAGGCCAGCGACAGCAGAGAAGGCCGAAGUUAAAUGAGAAUAAAAUACUAAUUUUGCGAGGUGGAAUUGAGGUACAGUGAUGGUAGUACAGGUGCAGUGCUUAACCAUCUGAAAGGAACACACCGUGAGACCCAAACCGUUGCAGGCAGCACAGCUGCAUUGUGAAUGGCAGUUUAAACAUGAAUAAUUUCUUUCGAUUUGUCACAUCCCUGGUGUGUGUAGUGGGUGCAUACACUGUAUGUGAAUGGCUUGUCUGUUUGCACAGACACCACUCCCUCUGUGUGCAUAUUGAGUUAUCUGCCAUCUGCUUAUUUGUCCCUGCAGACGACGAGGCAGCCCAGACCGGAGACGUCGCCUUGGAGACGGACGGCCUGGAUGAGGAGGAGCGUGGACUGAUCCGCAGCGAGCCAAUGGGAGUGCGGGAGGAGCCGCUGGGCAGCGUGAACGGGAAACCGGAGGCGGACGACAAGGAGAACAGCAACAGAACCAGCGCUGAGGAGCCUCUGGCUGUUAGGUAUGACUCACUCACUCUCACACACACACAGAAUGCCACUCCCAAAUGCUCUAGACACAAUGAUAUAGGACUAUUUUGGCUAUAGGCAUCUUUCAUUCACUCCCUCCCUCUCUCCCUCUCUCCCCUGCAGUCCAGUGCCUAAGGGUUGUUUAGUUGGGGGCUCAGAGUUCCUGAAUGAGGACUCUAACAUGCUGGCCCCGGGGCUGAAUGGUAAGCCUGGCCCCUGGAGCUUUGAGGAGCUCAUUGACCUGGGCGUCAACUCCAAGGGCCGGCCCCUCAUCAAUGCCGACGGCCACAACCAGGGCCUCAUCGACUGUGACGGGUCCCCCGAGGGGCCCAGGGUGGCCUUCGAGGACAAGGGGACCCCCGUGGCCACCCUCCACCCCUCCAGUCAGCCCAUCGAAGCCCUGUCAGGUGAGAUAAAAGUAUUUUAGAAACAACUGUUUGUAAAGUUGAUUUACUGCUACUGUACUGCACAUGUUGUAUAGAAAAGUGAAUAGCUUUGUGAAUAUCAAAUAUUGACACUUGUUUUCUCUCUCUCUCUCUGUAGAGAUGUGAGGCUGCAGCUUUCCCUUCAGAGGCCUGUGAAUAUUGCGCUCCUAGAGUUCCUGUCCAGCUGA